AUGGAUUCGUGGGAGAAAUGUGAAAUGGAUAAACUUUCUCCAAAACAAGAGUUCUAUAGUAUAUUAAAUGAAUGUGGUAUAACGGAUGAAGAUUAUGAACAUGCUCAAAACGUUUGGGAAGAAUUUAAGAUUAGAAAUAUGGGUAAAUAUUCAGAUAUAUAUGUGAAAACAGAUGUUUUGAUACUAGCAGAGAUCUUUGAGAAGUUUAGAGAUGUAUGCAUGAAAACUUAUAAAUUAGAUCCAGCAUGGUAUUUCACAGCACCUGGAUUAUCAUGGGAUGCAAUGUUAAAGAUGACUGAUAUACAGUUUAAAGUUGAUAAAUAUGGAAAGGCAAAUAACAAGUAUAUGAAAGAUUAUGAUAAAAACAAAGAAUCUAAUUAUUUGAUGUAUCUAGAUGCAAAUAACUUUUAUGCAUGGGCUAUGAGUCAAUAUUUACCUUAUGGAGGAUUUGAAUGUGAAAAAGGGUAUAUAAUAGAAGUUGAUCUGGAAUAUCACAAAAAAUUACAUGAUUAUCAUUCUGAUCUACCUUUAGCUCCAGAGAACAGAAUACCAGACAGAUCAAAACAAUCUAAAUUAUUAACCACUUUAUAUGAUAAAAAGAAGUAUGUGAUUCAUUAUAGAAAUCUUAAACAAUAUUUAAAAAUGGGGAUGAAACUCAAAAAGAUACAUAGAGUAUUAGAAUUCAAGCAAUCUGAUUGGUUAAAGAAAUACAUAGAUCUGAAUACAGAAAUAAGAACUAAAGCAACUAAUGAUUUCGAAAAGGACUUUUUUAAACUAAUGCACAACUCUGUGUUUGGAAAGACAAUGGAAAAUACAAGAAAUCGUAUUGGCAUAAGAUUAUGUUGUGACGUAAAAAAAGUAGAAAAAUUAAUCGCUACGCCUAACUUUAAACAUCGAACCAUAUUUACUGAAAACCUAUGUGCUAUUCACAUGUAUAAGACAAAAAUAGUCUUUAAUAAACCUUUGUAUGAUUUUCAUUAUAAUGUGAUGAAACCUAAAUAUAGAGAUAACAUAAAAUUGUUAUAUCAAGACACUGAUUCUUAUAUUUAUAAUUUAAAAACUGAUGAUUUCUAUCAAGAUAUGAAGGGAAUGAAAGGCUACUUUGAUACAUCUGAUUAUCCAGAGAAUAAUCAAUAUGAUAUACUAAGAGUUAAUAAGAAGGUGUUAGGUAAAAUGAAGGAUGAAAAUAAUGGAAAAAUAAUGAGAGAUUUUGUUGGUUUAAGAGCAAAAAUGUAUCCCUUAAAAGUAGAUGAUCAGGUUACAAAGAAAUCAAAAGGAGUAAAGAAAUGUGUUGUCAAGAAUUUAUAA